AAAGACCCUGGCCGGGGAAUGGGUUGCCACUCCUAAUCGUGCUGUUCUACAAAAAUUGCAGAACCCAGAAGAACUCCCAUACUCCCUUCCUUUUUUCUCUCACACAACAAAGCCUAUCCCCCUCUACUGUUAAAACCCGAAGCAGAAUACCCCCUCCCUGUACGGCUUCGGAGAGAGAGAGAGAGAGGGGGCAAAAGAGCCGAAAUUGAAGCUGUGAAAGUGUUGCAGAAGAGUAAAUAAUGGGGGAUGCGGUGAAGGAUGAUCUUCUUGCGAACGUGCAUUCCACCGUGUUCAAAGAAUCAGAUUGUCUGGAGGGGAAAUGUGUUAAGAUUGAGGGUUACGAUUUCAAUCAAGGAGUAAACUAUUCUCAGCUUCUCAGAUCCAUGGUCUCCACAGGGUUUCAAGCCUCCAAUUUGGGAGAUGCCAUCGAAGUCAUUAAUCAAAUGCUAGAUUGGAGGCUCGCUGAUGAGAGUAUAACAAAAGAUUGCAGUGAGGAGGAGAGGGAUCCGACCUACAGAAAGUCUGUGAGAUGCAAAGUUUUCCUGGGUUUUACAUCAAAUCUUAUAUCUUCUGGUGUUAGGGAUGUGGUUCGCUAUCUUGUUGAGCAUCAUAUGGUUGAUGUAGUGGUUACAACAACUGGUGGCAUCGAAGAAGAUCUUAUAAAAUGCCUUGCACCCACAUAUAAAGGUGAGUUUACUCUACCUGGAGCCUAUUUACGCUCAAAAGGACUAAACCGCAUUGGUAACUUGUUGGUUCCUAAUGACAACUACUGCAAAUUCGAGGACUGGAUAAUUCCCAUUUUUGACCAGAUGUUGAAGGAACAGAUUGAAGAGAAUGCAUUGUGGACGCCAUCUAAGGUGAUCGCCCGCUUGGGAAAAGAAAUUAAUGACAAGAGUUCAUACCUCUACUGGGCGUACAAGAACAACAUUCCAGUUUACUGUCCAGGCCUAACAGAUGGCUCACUAGGGGACAUGUUGUACUUUCAUUCCUUCCGCAACCCAGGUUUGAUCAUCGACAUAGUGCAAGAUAUUAGAGCCAUCAAUGGUGAAGCAGUCCAUGCAAGCCCUAGGAAGACUGGUAUUAUAAUUCUUGGAGGGGGGCUUCCUAAGCAUCACAUUUGCAAUGCCAAUAUGAUGCGUAAUGGUGCAGAUUAUGCUGUGUUCAUCAAUACUGCACAAGAGUUUGACGGGAGUGACUCUGGAGCUCGCCCAGAUGAGGCUGUAUCAUGGGGGAAAAUACGAGGUUCUGCUAAGACUGUGAAGGUACAUUGCGAUGCAACCAUUGCUUUCCCUCUACUGGUUGCAGAAACAUUCGCCUCAAGGGAGAAAGAAUUCCAUCAGGACUAAGGCUCUAUACUAUUUUUGGCUAAGUGCAGAUUCAUUUAAUUAAACAACUACCGCACUUGAUAAUGUUCUUAAUCAGCUGAAAAAUAUUACUGGAAUUUUGGAAGACUGAUCUUCUGCCUUUGGAAAACAGCCAUAAAUUGGUCAAUUUUUAAAAGGGUAAGUUAUAAUUGAUCUUCCUGUAAUGAAGUUUAAUUAGGAUUAAACUUCUUUGUGGUGAGGAUUAUAAAUUAAUUAAAUUUUAACAAAUCACCAUCUAUUUUGGACCCUGGUUGAUUUGAUCUUUUUGAAAGCCUUGUUACGAAGGCAUCUUAAUAGAGCCAUGGUGAUGGCAGGUUGUAAGUGUUCUGUUAUCGGUUGUCAUGUCAAAUAACUGAUGAUAUCACAACCUGUAUUAAUUAAUGUAUUAUUAUUUUU